AUGUCACACAAGAGUUUCAUUCGCAAGUCUGCCCUCAUCCGGCACCGCAGUGUGCACACCACUGAGAAGUCCUUCUGCUGUGGGGACUGUGGAAAGAGCUUCAAAUGCAGCUCCAGGCUCACCAUCCACCAACAUACCCACACCAGAGAGCACCUGUACCCCUGUGCAGAGUGCGGCAAGAGCUUCACCACGAGCACAGGGUUAAUCCAGCACAGACUCAUCCACAGUGGUGAGAAACCCUACAGCUGCAGGGACUGCAGCAAGAGCUUCACCUGCAGCUCUGCCCUCGCCAUGCACCGUCGUGUCCACAGUGGUGAGAAGCCUUUCACCUGCUCUGACUGCACCAAGAGCUUCACCCAGAGCUGUGACCUCACCAAGCACUGUCGUGUGCACAGUGGUGAGAAGCCCUUCACCUGCUCUGACUGCGGCAAGAGCUUCACCCACAGACGCAGUCUCACUUCCCACCACUGCACCCACACUGGUGACCAACCUACGCUGCAGGGCAAGCACAAAUAG